UUGUUUAGUCAACUUCUAUGAUUCGGAGCGUUUGCACGUAUAUGUCUCGAUUGUGCGUGUAUAUUUAUUAAUUUAUUUUUUAUUUUACACAACGUUUCUUUGCUCGUUGAGAGCUCGGAGAGUGUUGUGCCUCGAACUGAAAAACCCGCGAUGACAGUACGGUGAACGACGUAGCAGAUGAGUAAUCUGUUUUUCGGUGAUCGUAAAACAAUUUGGAACAAUUAUCCAAACGAAACGUGCGCGACUGAGAAGAGAAUCACAAAAUCGAACGUGUCCGCGGAAGCUCUCCUGAAUAGGCAAACGAGUUAGAAUCCGUAGGUCGGUGGAACGCAAAGUGUUGGUUUGAAACAAUAGUGCGACGCAAGUGUGACAUCGUCAUGAUAAUGAAAAGUACCAAUAUUGGAAGAAACACCACAUGAGAACCCGUUGAGGCACGCAAUGCUGUCAUGCUGAAGUGAAAGAGUUAUGCGAUAGACGUACCUGAAGUUUGGGAACACAGCUGAUGAGGGCUCGAGCAUCACCUGUAAUUUGUGACAUCGAACGGCAACGAGAACGCAAUAUUUGGCACCGGUAGUGUUCCGGUGAUAGAAGAAACCAGAAUAGCAAGUGAUUUAAUCUAAAGAGCGAUAUGUGCUGAAGUGUGUUUAUGUUUUGAUCAAUUUUUUGUACACCGAUGAAAGUUGAGUUCUUUAUGGGUGCCGGCAAAAAAGGUUCCCAAAUAAAUGCCUCAAUUAAUUUGAAUAAUCUUGAAUGAAGAAACAGAAAUUUACAUAAUUUGUAUACUCUCGCGGGACGCAGUAGCAACGAGCAAAAACAACAACUACUACGACAACAAAGGCAUUGUGGCUACAGUGGCAGCAUCCGCGAAGUGAUCAAGAACAUAAAGUUGAGUUCGGCGAACAAAUAAGAAAACGAAAUACACUAAAAAUUCCAGCGCCAGUAAAACAAUUCAGAAGAGUUAGGGAGAAGAAAAGAGAAGUUAUUAGCAAAGAGUAAACACACCUGAGAGAUGAUUGAUCGAUUCUAGCUGCACUGGAGAACUGAAUUAUCGAUAUACGUGCGGUGGUUCAGCGAUAGACUUGAGAGCGCGACACAGACAUAUAGCUUUUCGGGUGUUGAGUGGAAACUGGAAGAGGAAGACAAAUAAAACAAGUCUCCGAUUUGAUUACUUUGACGUGAUCGACAUUUUUUCUGUGCCUCGUGGGAUCGUCAAGCAAGAGCAAGAGCCGAAAGUUAUUGGGGACCUGUUGUUGCUGGAAAGUCAAAUCAGGUCUUUUUUGUCAAGUGACGCUUGGAAGCAGAACAUCCAAAAGCACCUGAGACAAGCUGGGCCUGAACAGAAUUUUACGGUGCCGCUGAGGCGUGUUAUGCUAGUGAGCCAUAUUUCAUAAAAUAGGAAAACUGAGCCCAAAUUUGGAGCCCUACCCCGCCAGCGUGGAAGGGCUUAACAGCCCUAGAGCGGUGGGGAUGGCCGCCACCACGUACAUGUCACCCAGUGGCGAGCUGGAUAUGGCCUUAGGCGGCGGAUAUCAUACAUCUUCACCGCGGAGUGCAGCCGAUGCAAACGAAAUGAAGUACAUGCAUCAUCACCACCACCACCAGAGCCAUCACCAUGUGCCCUCUAGUCCUAGUCCAAACCAAGCCGGUUUGGGCUCGGUGACGGGUGGCUUGGGUGGCGUUGGUAACCCAUGGGCCGCGAUUCAACCGACUGAUCCUUGGGGCUUGCACUCCCACCAUCCACAUUCCCACCCGCAUGCGACAGACGUCAAACAGGAAAUGCAUUUAUCGCAACAAGCCCGAGCACAGCAAGGCAUGGCAUCGCCUCAUGCUUGGCAUGCACCGGUGCAUCCUGGAACGCACUACGCUACCGGAGGAUCUCCACUGCAGUACCACCAUGCGAUGAAUGGCAUGCUCCAUCAUCCUGCCCAUCCUGCUCAUCACCAAAGUGCACCACCUCUGCAUCAUUCGUUACGAGGUGAAUCGCCUCAGCUACACAUACCACACCACCACCUGCAAGGCGAUCGGGAUGUGAGUGCCGGUGAAGAAGACACUCCAACGUCUGACGAUCUGGAAGCGUUUGCAAAGCAAUUCAAACAGAGACGAAUCAAGCUAGGAUUUACACAAGCUGACGUAGGCCUGGCGCUCGGCACCCUCUAUGGCAAUGUAUUCUCCCAAACAACGAUAUGUCGAUUUGAGGCUCUACAAUUAAGUUUUAAAAAUAUGUGCAAGCUGAAGCCACUGCUGCAGAAAUGGCUAGAGGAGGCUGAUUCGACGACGGGAUCCCCAACGAGCAUCGAUAAGAUUGCUGCUCAGGGUCGGAAACGGAAAAAGCGAACCAGCAUCGAGGUAUCAGUGAAGGGAGCCCUGGAACAACACUUCCACAAACAGCCGAAACCGUCGGCACAAGAAAUUACCUCACUUGCCGAUUCGCUGCAGCUAGAGAAGGAAGUUGUUCGAGUAUGGUUCUGCAAUCGACGGCAGAAAGAGAAACGAAUGACACCACCAAACACGAUGGGUGGCGACAUGAUGGAUGGAAUGCCACCGGGACAUAUGGGCCACGGUGGCCAUGGGUAUCAUCCGCAUCACGAUAUGCACGGCAGUCCAAUGGGAACCCACAGUCACAGCCACAGCCCGCCCAUGCUCAGCCCUCAGAGUAUGGGCGGUGGAGGGCACCAUCAACUUACGGCCCACUAGCAAUCAGAGCACCAGGAGUCCAGCAAUAAUCCGGCGGCAUUCCAACCAAUACACCAUCAUCCUGCAAUUAUGCAGCCACAUGCCGCCAUUGCCGUCUCCUCCGCCCCCGGGAAUAGCUAUAGCUUAGCAUCGACCACCACAAAUACCUCUUCGCCACCGUCUUCGACGUCGUCGUCGUCCACAACGGCUGCUGGAGCAGUAGCAGCCGCCUCAGGAGCGUCACCUUCGUCGUCGGCGGCGGCCGCUGCUGCCGCCCAAAUGUACAUAGAUCACCGGCAUCACCAGCAGCAGCAGCAGAUGCAUGCUAGGCGGAUAUUUCAAGAAUGGACUCUGCAGUUCGGACCAACCGGAACAGCAACUGGUGCACGAUAUCUCAACUAAAACCGCGGUCAGUAGUGCCGCACCCCUCUACGACACAUUCCCACACCAUCCCAGCAAGUAAAACGGCAACUUAAAACACACGAAACCAAUAAGAAACAAGCAAGCUAGUAAAAUAGAGAAUAAAUCGAUGCCCCCUAAAUAAAUUGUUUAAAUAAAAGUUUAAACUUUAAAACAGCAAGGAAAAGUGGUGACUUAAGUAAUACAAUUGGUGAGAAUUCGAUCGAAACUGUGUUUACCUGUACAUAGAUGAGAAUACGUAGAAGAGAGUAACGAUGUAAGUUUAAUAUAAUCAAUAUGGCGUCAAAUCCAUAAAUGAACAUAGUAUGAAAGAAUGUAGAAUUUAUAUAUGAGCUAACGAAAAAAAAACAAAACAAACAAGAGCUAGAUAGAUAUGAAUGAAGCGAAAUUUCAUGAGCAAAACCAGAGAUGUUUUAGUGAUAUGUAACGGGGCAAGUAGUAUGAAACGCGAAGAAACCAUACAAACACGUGCAAAAAUGUUUGUACUAAUGAGCAUCAAUAGUCAAUCGAAAUAAGUGUUCCACCGCCGGUGAAAACCAGUUCAGCUGUAAGUACUUUUGCCCUUUUUAUCCGCGUGUGUUGUUAUCGAGCAGCGACGGCACUUUGCCGCUUCGUUCAGCGAUGCAGGCAGUGAAACUGUGCGGCGCACUAGGCCCAGCGAGUUACCGACGGAAUAGUGUUGUCGUGGUUGUUAAAAUUUCCAGUUUGAUACGGUGCAGCUGAAACUUCUGGCCAGCUGCUUACUAUAAAGUAAAAGUGAGAAAUUCUCGUAAAAUUGCUCCGCGGCAGAGCUCUUGGGAAUAUCCCGGGGCCGAGCUCCAAAGGUAAUGGUGUCGUAAAUUUUUGAAGUAUCGCUCUCUGUGCGCCCUCUUCGUUCUGUUCCUUUUCCCCGUUCCUCCGGCGAAGGUGCCUAAAAGUGAAUAGUUUUCGUUCUUCCUCUCCUCUGCGCCUCGUGCGGGAAAUUUCCUGUUCAGGAAAUUCCGGUAGUAUCCUUUUUACGACCCGGAGCCCCCGAAGCCGACGGCAGGCCGAUUAGUGAUGAUUGCUUUCUGUCGGCCUCCUCCUCCCUUUGUUAGUUUCACACCUCGGCGAGAGGAACGCAAAUAAGUCGCAAACGGAGUUCCCAUCUGAUCCGCUUUCUUCUUAUUUGGUCAGUCUCCUGUUUGUUGCGGACCCUUGUGCGGGCGGGUCCCAAAUUUGCUGGGUCAACAAGGGGCAGGGAUAUUGAUGGAUUUCUCCGAGCACAGUUUCAAGGAUUUUCCCAUCAGCGGUUUGAAUUGCCUUGGCAAACAGUUGUUGCUGCCCGUACCUGGCGUGGCACCCGUUAAGUCGGGUAUUUCCGGACUGUUAGCACAAGACUCUUGUCCUUGCGGGCGAAUUGGUUUUCGGGCGAGAGGAACUUUUAUUUUGCGUGCCGUAGUCUAAAUUGCAAGCUCGAAAAUACAAAAAUGUCCACAGCUGUAUACCGAAUCAUUAAGGAAAGGACGAUAAAGAUGCAAGAAAAUAUUUGUAAAAAAUCCAUGUGCGCGAGUGGAAUAGCAAAGCAAAGCACUAGGCCGUUGUAUAGAAGCAUCUGGAGAAAAAUAUAAAAAAUACUGAAAAAAGUGUACGAAACAAUUACAACAACUUAGAAUACCAAUAUUUGUAUAAUGGAACUUGUGUAAGUACCACACGAUAAAAAGCGGAGUAUCUCCACAAUAAAAGCAAACAUUCCAAAUCAAAA